UACGUCAAUGCUCCGUUGUAUCUUUCGUAUCUUGUGGGGAACAUAGAGCUCGUUCAUAUCAUCGUCGUGGACUCCACACUCCACUGAGCGCAAUAUCGUUCACCUGUACCCCACACAGUAACAGUAACAGUGCGAAUUCCGUCAGUCAUCGCUUAACACUUGUACCCGGGUAGUUGUUCCGUACGCUGUUUCUCGUACAGUUUCCUGUCCAUCAGGGGAGGAGACUAUUAAUUUGUCGAUCGACUUUCUCCGGUCCUUUCCAAAGACGUCCAUCUACCCAGAGAGCUUAAUUUAUGCGAUAGGGAAGUAGCCCAUUAUCGUUCAAGUGAGUGUCCAUUAUCGGUUCGUUUCGUAUCAGCCUUCACCACCCACCACCCACAUAUGUAUGUACCACUUCAUAGGGGUAUCCGUUCGGCAAGGGGAGCUCGAAAGUAUCCAUUCUGAAUUUUAACUCGGAAUCCAGAGAAGAUUUUUUUGGAACGGAAGCUAGUCCGGAAGUUGGAAGCAUCGAGACGUGUCUGAAGCGUUCGCUCUCGGGAGCCAUCCACCUCGCACCUGUUCUCUAGGAAACUCUACUGGACACACAGGACCCUGUACCGGUCGUGCGUUGAUACGGAGGGUAAUUGCUUGCCUACCACCUGGUGCUCCGCUCAACCCCUUGCAUAGACUUCUGUCGUGUUUAUAAUCAUUGUUGAAACGUCGACCUGAUCCUAGAAAUUGUUGUUAAUUUGUGGUACCGGCCGUUGAUUGAAUCUCGACUAACGGGAGCGUAAAGUGAAAUUCGAUUAUUUAUUUAUCAGAGGGUGGUGAGCGUCUCCUGCAACCCUCCCGAGCCCUCGACUCGUUAAGGGCAGGUUACUCAAGAGCGGUGAGUAGUGUCUCAAGUGCUUGUAUUUAUUGUUUAUGAGGCAAAGAGUGAAAAGUGAUAAGAGGAAAAGUGAAGAAAAUUAGUGAGAAAUUGAGAAAAUUACUAAGUGAAAAAUUCUAGGCGAUUUCCACUGGAAGAAUUUCAAGAUACAACAUAACGACGUGAAUUGAGUUUUCAUCUGAAAUAUCGUUGUGAGACGAGAUCAUCAAAUUUGGGAGUUCUACGGCACGGGAGCAGUUGAAGGAAACAACAUCCAUAACCAGGAAUGCAUGCUGUAAAUUUUUUUGGAUGGUGUUUUUAUUAGAAUUAAAUGACCAACGUUCUCUGAAGCACCAGCCGACUUACGAGAUUAUAGCCAAGUUACUUCGGAAUGCCUUUCGGACUCUGAACUAAGAAAUGAAAUGGAGGACUAUAAAUUUUUAUUCAAAGUUGUGCUAGUCGGAAACGCCGGCGUAGGAAAAACAUGUUUGGUUCGACGAUUUACACAAGGACUCUUCCCACCCGGUCAAGGAGCAACCAUAGGAGUCGACUUCAUGAUAAAAACUGUUGAAGUGGAGGGUGAAAAGAUCAAGCUCCAAAUCUGGGACACUGCAGGACAAGAACGUUUCCGGUCCAUCACCCAAAGCUACUAUCGUUCCGCGCAUGCAUUAAUUCUAGUCUAUGACAUCAGUUGCCAGCCUACAUUCGAUUGCCUUCCCGACUGGCUACGUGAAAUCCAGGAGUACGCGAACUCAAAAGUCCUGAAAAUUCUCGUUGGCAAUAAAACGGAUCGAGAUGAUCGUGAAAUUCCUACACAAAUUGGUGAAGAGUUCGCCAAGCAACAUGAUAUGUAUUUUUUGGAGACCUCAGCUAAGGAGGCUGAGAAUGUGGAAAGAUUGUUUUAUGAAAUAGCUGCGGAGCUUAUUGAGCAGGCCCGAAGCAAGGAACCUAUAUCACAACAUAGUAGAUCUACGGCCGACUCUAUUGGUCUGUCGAGCUUAGGAUCUAAAGCGAAUUAUCUUAGUCAAAGCGGUUGCUGUUCGAGUUUAAGUAGUCAUAGUACGUAAGAGGAGUAAGUGGGAGAGGGUUUUUUUUUUAAAGUUGUAUAGUAGGGAAAGAGGAGCCAUGUAGUGGCUUGGAACCUUGCACAUUUUGAACGAAGGAAGCCACUACAUUUUUGUACCGGGGUAACGACUUUUGAAAGGUUGUAGAAAUUGUAUAUUUCUGAUUAUUUGAGUGUUUUUGAUGUAAGGCAAAGGUUUAAGUUUGAAAGUUUUUAUCCGCAAUUUAGAUAGUUACAUCGAACCUAAUGAAAGCUGGGCCGACUUCAAUAUUAGAGAAACUUAGACUCAUCGAAAGGUUGGUGGGAAGGAGGUAAUUCCCUCCGGGACCUGGAACUUUCUUACGAGGCUCGGCAGCAGAGUCUUUAACAAAAUUAGCUUGGUUGGACAAUUUUUCGAAGGGGGCUCACAUGAGUUUCCCUCCGGCCCGGAUUUUCUCCCUACGACCCUGGAGGAUCUCAAGAUAAAUUACAUUCUCAGCUUGUUAUUUGAUUUUCGUUUCGCCUACCAGCUUCCAGCUAGACGCAAUGGUGUCAACUUUGAGCUGGACCUAAUUUGCCUUGAGUCUCUUUUGACCGAAUUGAUACCCCCAGAGGCUUGUAUCUAAAAUAACUUGAAUGCAAAAUUUGUAUUUCCACAAAUUAUCUCGAAUAUUUAAUAAUGUCCGCAGCCUAUUUUAAAAUGUCCUCGAAAAGCCUCGAUGUAAUAUGUAAAUUUCAAUCUUCACUAGAAUUACGUUUUUGAGUUUUUAGUUGCAAAAUCAGAGCCACAUAUUCACAGUAACAGUGGAAUUUUGAACCUAGACAUAUCAAUUAAACUGAAGCGAAUGAAAGGAGCAAAAGGAAACAGUUCAAAUUAAAAAAAAAUA